AUUUAUAAUUUGAAAAGUUUUACUAGUGGCACCGACAAACUAGCAGCUACACUUUCCACCACCCUUGAUGACCGUCAUAAUUAAGAUGAUUAUCGCAUUUAUUUCCCUAUUUUCAUAUCGAUCGUCACGGUACAUAAUAAUAAGGGCCCGUCUUGUUUCUUUCAUUUCCGUUCCAGUGAAUCUUGCCAAGAUAAGAGCAGAAAACUGCGGUCAGGAGGAACUGGCCACAUGCGCCCGACCCUUCCAGGUACUGCAGUCGUCAACGGAUUUGUCGAUAGCGACCAAAAAAGAGGAGCUGGAUAAAAUUUGCCCCGAUUUAACUAGGGGCCUACACUGCAUCCGAAGCUACACGCGGCGGUGCAUGACUCUGGAGCAGCGGAAUCGUUUCAAUAAACUCUAUAAUGGCACCCAUCAAUUCGUUCGAGACCUCUGCCGGGAAGGACCGUAUCAGAGCGAAUUUUUAACGCACGCUCCCUGCCUGCAGCGUGUGCGACCGGACUACGAAGUUUGCGGCCGGAAAUACCACAAUACGGUUUCGGUUAUCACCCAGCAGCAACAACAUCACCAGGCCCGCCACGAAAGGCAUCACCAGCAGCAGCAGCAGCAGCAACAACAACAACCCAAUCAUCAUACCACGGCUGGGCGGGAUGCCGAGGCGGAUGUGCGGACAGUGUGCUGCUCGUUUAUAGAAUAUCUAGACUGUUCGGAAAGUGUCGCCAAGAAGACAUGCGGUUGGGAAACGGCGAAAUUCACGCGCGGAUUUCUGGACAAAAUGUCGUCGAAUCUGAUAAAUAUGUACUGCGAAGAUUACUACAACUCGAACAAAUGCCCCUCGAUGCAAUCAUCCGGCAUCAGCAUCAUACCCAGCAGCAUCACCAGUUUCCUGGCCUUCUUGGUCCCGAGCGCUCUAUGCUUCAUGAACAAAUAUUUCUCAAAUAUCAGCCUACUUCGGUUACGAUAAAACCGCGCCUUGUUCCUAGGUACGAAUUUCAAAACUCAUGAAACACAUCUCCAUGGGAGCCGUCGCUCGUUGUUCUUGGCCCACUGCUCUGGUGUGCCUUCUCGCGUCUUGAUUACCGGCUUACCCUAACCUUUUCCGCAUUAGGUAGGCCUACCUACCGCUCGCUCGGCAGUGCUCAGCUCACCCAUUUCGAACUUGUAAAUGACAAACUUGUUAACAUAGGUUAUGAAACAUAGAAGCGCAAGAGACGACGACGAGUUAUGAUCAUCACAGUUUCGAUCCAACAUAGGCAACGCUGAAGCUAAUCAACAAGCGAGGGAGAAAUUAGUGUUAAUUAAUUUAUUGACUCGAAUUAGUGGCCAGGGCUAAGGUGCUCAUACUCCUCUACCAUUCAAUGGUUAUGAUCUGUUUAAAAAAUAUAGAUCAUAAAAAACGGUGACCAGGGUUGUUGAUUCGUUAAACUUCAGUUGUGAUGUGGAGAUGUCACAAACUGAAGUUAAUUAUUAAGAAACCGUUCCGUCUUUAUUAGUUUUAGACUGAGACAGGUUAGUUAAGGUCAGUUCAAGAAUUUAAUACGUUUAAGAUGAUCAAGAAUGCUAAUCAAAUGUACAUAUGCGAGUUUACGGUAGCUUUAGGUAGUCAUAUACUAAAAUGCUAAAUCAACAUCAUAAUAUUGAACCUGUAUUAAGCAAAAUCCAUUCAAAUGAGACAUGCUAGUAAUAUGUUAAAAUUGAAACCAAAUAUUAGCGAGUAAGCUACUGAUAAUAAAUAUCAUUAAUUUUUAAAGAAAUUUAAUCAAGA